AUGACCAACGCAAAGCCCCAUGUUCUGAUCGUUGGUGGAGGAAUUGGAGGUCUGACCUUAGCCCAAUGCCUGCGCAAAAGGGGAAUCUCGUUUGAAAUCUUCGAGCGAGACCCGGAGUUGAGAACAUCAGGAUGGUGUAUUUACAUUCAUAGCAUUAUCCCCCAACUCCGAGCCGCGAUACCAGAUGACGUGCCAGAUUUGGCCCUUACGAAUCAUCUUCUCCCGUUGGAUCUUCCUUCACAGUCUGUGGUGUAUCUGGCUGAUCGGCCGGGUACACGCUACGGUGUGACAUCGCGUGGCACUCACGAUAUGGUCCGUGCCGACCGCGUCUUGCUUCGCCAAUUUUUGGCCACCAAGAUACCAUGUCAGAUGGGGAAACGAGCCGUUUCCUUCGAAGAGCUGCCCGAAUCUGUGACGGUCCGAUUCGAAGAUGGUACCAGUGCAACCGGAAAUAUUUUGGUGUGCGCAGAUGGAACAAACAGUGCUCUGAGAGGCCAACUUCUGGGCCGGGAACUAAAGCCUCAACUGCUCCCAGUGGCUAGCAUUGGGGGCGAGGUGACCCUGUCCGGAAAGGACUUCGAGAACGAGUUACGCCUAGGUCACUCCUCGCGCUCCAACUUCUUUUCUGAGCCGGCAGAACCAGGGCUCCCAGUUGUACACAUUUUCUGUGCCUUGAAGAGAGUGCUUCCUGAUGGUCACUCUGGAGAGUAUUAUUGGUUUACCAUCUGGGUUGAUGACAAUGUUGCCGAUCCUGCCCACUGGACUAAGACAGCAUCACGGAAGGAAUUACAUGAUUUUGUCAUCCGGACUACGCGUGGUAUGGAACCAAGGGUUCGCAACAUAGUCGACUUAACACCCGUGGAUAAACUGAUCGGCGAUCCGUUCCCGCAGCGUGCGCUCAUGUUGACCGACUUACCUAUCGGCCGGGUGACGCUGCUCGGUGACGCAGCCCAUUGCAUGCCUCCCACGCGAGGAGAGGCCGGUGUACAUGCGAUGAUGGACGCGCUGAAACUUGCAGAGUGCAUCGGUAAUAUCAAUGCCGUCAACGACCACGACGGUUCUAGUACUAAGGGUGCAGUAUCCAUUUAUCAAGAAGAGAUGCUUCGAAGGAGUCAAGCUACGGUCCGAAAGAACGUAGAUGCGAGUAGUUUGAACUUAUCCGUACGUAUCGCCGGUCAGACCGUGGAGAAACAUAGCAUUGGACUGUCCACUGCGCAGGGGCAUCACUUGGCCAUGCAGCAUAAUAUGUAG